AUGGAGGAUGAUCAUCGGGAUAUAGGUGCAAUAGCAAGAAGUUGUAAUAUGAAUAAACCUAACAAUGUUGUAGCUCCUAAAUUAGGUUUGAAAGCAUCUCAUGUUUGGAAUUAUUUUGACAGAGUUUUAGCUCCUGGCAUGAAUAGUUUUAAUGGUUCAUCUAAAAGUGUUUCUUUAGAUUUUCCAAUAGCUCGUCAGGAAAGAUCAUAUGAUCAGGUUAGCAACCAGCAAUUCUACUUGCAUUCAAUUGAACCAGUUCAAUUUUUCCAACAAAUCAUUGUUCCUCAAUCUCGAACAGCGGUGGCAUGUGUUCCACCAACUACAACACAGCCAGAACGGAUAGAUCUACAACAACAACUCGAUAUAGGGAAAAAUCAGUCGAUAAGGCUUACCUAUGAAUUAUCACAAGAGGAACUCACAAAUGACAAAUGGGCAUGGAGCAAGUAUGGUCAAAAGUAUAUAAAAGGUUCCCCAUUUCCAAGGAAUUACUAUAAGUGUAGCACAUCAAAACAAUGCGAAGCAAAGAAACAAAUUGAGAAAAGCUCAAAGGAUGAGAACAUUUUCUUUGUAUCUUGUUCCGGUGAACACAAUCAUGAUCCACCCAUGAGCCGUAGAUAUCUUGCUAGCUUCAAAAAUAAUUCCAAAUUCAAGAUUCCAAAAAGCAUAAAUAUUUUUCCCAAAGAAUCAAUCUUUAAUGCAUCAUCAUCAUCGUCCAAGUGCAUUAAGCAUUCAACAGAUGUUGCUUCUUCAAUUAUCGGAACUAAGCCUCCACUUGAAAUCGGGAGCAAAAACAAAAUGCUUUUUGCGGUCGUGCAGAACAAAGGUGAUGGUAAAUAA